UACAAAAGCGCAGACGAAAAAGUGUUUUGUGUAAAAAUCGAGUGCAAGCACUAAAUUUUCGACGCUCAGAACGCAACGAACGCUCGUUAGGUAAGCAAAGCCGCUGGCAAAGAGAUCUCCGGAGAGACAGGAUAGGAGAGGACAUGCGACAGACAGCAUGGAUAUACCAGAGACUGUAUCUGUGCGCAAGUUUCGCGAGUUUAGUGCGCGACAAAAGCACGAAUUGUACGAAACGCUGCUGGAGUUGGCCGAAACGCUAGAGGAGCUGCCCAAAAAGUCCUUGCGAAAGACGCUGGAAUUAACACUAGCUGUGCUGCAGUACAAUGGCGAGCAGGCGCAACGACUGCAGGAUGAGAGUGAAAAGUUGAAGCGUAUGAUACAAAAGCUGGAAGAUGACCGUGAUGGGGUAAAACUUAAAAAUAAAGAGCUAAGCGAGGAGUUGAAGCAGCAGCAGCUGCAGCUGAGAUUGGCCACACAGGAAGCGGAGGGCAGCGAUAAGGACUCUUCCGACCCACUCUCCGAGUUGGACAAGCAGGAGCAAUUGCUUCAUAAUAUAGACGCUAAAAAUAAGCACAUCAAGCGUUUGCUGCGCGAGAUUGAGUCCCUGCAAAACCAAAACAUAACGCAAUCCAAGACUAUAGUGCUGCAUGAACAGGAGCUGCAACAGAUAAAAGCCAAUCUUCUGCAGCUAAGUCAGGAUAUAACGAAAGUGGAAAAAGAGCGCCAGUUGCUGCAGCAACGUGAGCAGCAACAAAGUCUUGAAAUUGCGCGUCUUGAGGGUAAUAUUACCUUCCUUGAGGAUGAGCGCGAUAAACAAGAACAGGAAAUGCGUGAGUUUUUGCAAAAAUAUGAAAGCCAAGCCUUGAGCUGGAAGCUCCAGCUGGAACAGAAAGAUAAAGAGCUGUCGCGACUGUCAAAGCAGCCUGAGCACAAGCAAUCGACGGUCUUAAGCUCUUCAAGCAGCGGUCGCAAUCUGCAGGAUGAAGAGCAUACAAAGCUCAGACAUCUCCUCGAGCUGCGGGAAAAGCGCAUUGAAGCUUUGGAAGCUCGCCUUAAGACCAUGGCUGAUGAAAUGAUAAACUCCACCAAGGUUAUGAAUCGACUGCGUACCCAGCGCGAGCACACACAAGAUCCACAAAAGCCCAGCGCUUGCUGUCAGCUUAUUGAAGAGAGACUACGUGUGGCGCAAGAGCGUGCUCAACAGCUUGCCGAUCUCUUGGAUAGCACAGAGCAAGAUAAUGUGAUUAAGUCGAAGCAAGCGCUGCACGCGUUAAAUGCACUCGAAUCUUAUAAGAGAGGCGAAGAUGGCUUGGUGCCUGCGUUGCGUCGCUGUUCAACUUUAGAGCAGAAGCUGGCAGAGCGUGAUAAGCAGCUGCGCUGUUACGUGCAAGAGCUGAAUGCUAUGCAUGAGUUGGGACAAGAGAAUGAGGUGCUGCGUCGUCGACUCAACAUACCUGAUGAUGCGGUAGUACUCUCAAAGCAGGUGAGAGCCAAGCAACGCAAUAAGGAAAAGCAAAUUGAGAGACUGACAUUGAAACUGAGGACUUCCGAAGAGCUAAGACUGCAGUUGAAAUUGGAUAAAAGCGAGUUGAGGCGUAAUCUACUGGAAUUGCAAGGUGCACAGGCUAGUUUGGCCCACAAUCAGCUAGAGACAUCACUGCAGCAGCCAAGCGAAGUGGGUGAAGUGCCAGCAAGCGCCCCGAUAGAGGAUUCACCGCGUCGAGGUCAAGGCGAUGGUGCAGCCACCUCGGAGCUACAAACCAAGUACGAGGAUUUGCUGGCAGAAAAUGAAACGCUUCGAAUAGGAAUGUAUGAGAUACUGGAGAAGCUCAGAGAAUACGAUGCGACUUCGGAGCUUAUAAACAUAGAUUCGGAACUGCUGCGUCGUCUGCUGGAAGUUCUGCCAAAUCAACAGGCCACACCACAGCGACUGCAUGGUGAGCUUUUGGAGCUGAAGGCACGCGAGCAGGCUCUGCGGCAGCUGUUGCAACAAAACGGCAGCGAGUCGGAAACCGGCGAGCUCUCCUCAGUGCAUAGCAUGCGUGAUGUGUCCGAUCUGCAAGAGGAAGUCAUUGCUGUAGACACGGCUACGCGUCCUACAACACCCACCGUAGAGCAGCCACUGCCCGUUAUAGAGGAGACCUCUAGACCAGGCAGUGCCGAGCUGUUGGAACUACAAAGUCUGCGCAAACACUAUGAGGAACUGCGUGUGCAUAUGUCGGCGGAUGGCAAUGAGUUAAUACGUUACAAUCAGCAGCUGCACGAGCAGGUUCUUAGCUUGGAGCGUGAGCUGAAAGCGGAGCGCAGUAGCUAUGCGCAUAUGCGCCAGGAUUAUGAUGUGGCCUUGACGCAACUCAAACAACAGGAGCUGCGUUUUAUAGAGCAAACAGCCAGUUGGGGUAGAGAGCAGGCGCAGCAGAAGGCGGCGCUGGCCGCACAGUCCACGCAGCUGGAGCAACUGCAAGCAGCACAAGUAUUUACCACAGAACAAACCGAGGAGCUGCAGCAGCGGAAUGCGUUGUUAAGUCAGCAUUUAGCAUCAGCGUUGGCACAGCUGCUGGGCGAGUUGAAGCUGCCAGACCUAAGCGCAGACUAUGGCAUUAUAGAUGAGAACUAUCAGCUGGAUUAUGUGCCAGCAGCUGAGUUUGCGCAACAGCGUCUGGAGCUGGCCAACUGGCGCAGUCAACAGGCGGAGCUACAGCGUGAGAACAAACAGUUGGCGCAACUGCUCCAGGUCGCCAAUCAGCAAAUAAGCUCGCAGCAGCAACUGCUCAAUGAGCUAACCGACAAUCAUAUUAACUUGCGUCAUAUGGUGGCUGAUCUGCAAAGCGAUGGUGAUGAUAAACUGCUGCUGGCCAAGAUGCAGCGUGAUUUAGAUCAGGCCAAGUCGGAGUGCCUCCAACUGGAGCAGCGACGCAAGCAGUCGCAACUACAGGUGGAUAGCUUGGAGACCCAGUUGCACAAGGCGAUCUUAGAGGCAGAGCAGCAUACACAGCGGCAUCAACAGCAGUGCAGCAAUUAUGAAACGAAACUUAACUUUUUGCAGCGCGCCCUGCUGCAGCUGAAGGAGAAAUACGCCAAGUUUACGCCGUUAAUCUUUCUAAGCAACUUUGCCUACAGCUAUCAACGCAACCAGCAGCCCAGUUUAGAAUUCGGGAAUCGUUCAGAGCUCAUAGCGGAGCUUCUGCAAUCCGUGCAGCAACAGCUUAAUACGCUUGAGCCGCCAGCUGAGCAGUUGGUUAAGCUUAUAAAGGCGGAGACGCAGUCAAAAUUGCUGGAACACUACUGUGAGCAGCUGGAUGGCAAACAGGCGGCAUUGUUAAAGGAGCUGCAUGAGCUACGCCUGCAACAGGCUACAGAUGCCACUCACUGGCAGACCAUAGAAGCACUUUUUGGCGAACCUAAGAAACAGCCCAAGACUGUAGCUACGCAACAUGUGGAAACCAAUACUGAGGCAAUAGCAGCGCCAGUGGCUGCUAAGAGGCGCAGCACACAACUUGUUGACAAACAAUGCUCACCCAUAGGCUCACCCAGCAAACGCAGCGCCAAGUUACAAAGCAGCGCCACACAAACUGAGAAAAUCUCGUUGCAGCUUUUGGAGACGGGAGUGCAGACUAAUGGGAUGAAGCACCAUCAGGAAGUACAAACGGAACAGGAUGCAAAGUUGGAGCAGCUGAAAGCAACUUUGCAGGCAGCCAAUCUACGCAUUGAGCAGUUGCAGUCAACUGCCAGUCAGUCCAGCAGCGAGUCCGACAGUCAGCAUAGCGGUGUUGUUGAAAAAACCAUUUUAUCCUUUCAUUCCUUGCUGCUUGAGAAGGAUCAGUCCAUACAGAAAUAUCAGGAUUUGCUGCAAUCAGAGCGGGAACAAAGUCAACAAUUGAUUAGCAAACAGUUAUCGGAGAACGAAAGUCUAAAAGCGACAGUAAACAAUCUUAACUUUAAUAUUAAGACCAAAGAUUCGGAGUUGCUGCACCUGAAGAGGAAGUUGGAGCAACAAACCUUGGCGCCUGCAGUUGUCACAGGCUUGCCAGAGAUAACAGAUGAACACAUUGAAGAGCUGUUUGAGUGCACAUCCCAAGAAGAGCCCACGCCCGCGCAUUCAUUGGAGGAUACAGGCGAGCAGGAGAAGCAAGACACGGAAGAACUAAAGGAGCUGCCUACGCUGCACAAACAAAUCAAGGAGCUUAAGGACAAGCUGAGCUUCCAUGAGCAAAACUUAUUAACCAGAGAGGAGGAAAUUGAGCUUUUAAAAGAGAAAUUAAAGUUGUGUCAAGAGCGUGAGGAGCGGGAGAAAAGCAUGGAGCAAGCCAAUCAGCCAGAGGUAGAGCAGCUACGGGUCUUCCUAGAGGAAAAGGAUAAACACAUACGGGACUUAAUGGACACUUUGAAGAACUUCCAUGACGACCAGCAGCGUUAUAUUAACGAUACUUCCAAUUACUCAGCGGAUCAGAUAGCUAAGCUGGCUGCUGAUCUCAAUCGCAGUGAGGCCACCACUAAAAUUUAUCACACACAAAUGGAGGCACUGCGUCGUCAGCUAACAAACCUUACACAGCGUGAGAAGCAGGCACGCGAGCUUAGUCAAUCACUCAGACAGCAGUUGCUAAAGCGUCCUGUGGUGUCCAUCAAAACCGAACUGAACGCACGUGUCAAGCAUGAGCAGCAACAAAAGCGCAUACAACAGCUAGAACUGGAACUGGACGAGUCACGAGCCCAACUGCAACGUCAGCAGACGCUAUUGGAUGCCAAGCGCACGCGCAGCGCUAACGAGGUGGGUCUCUGGGAGAAGCAAAAGCGCUGGCAACAGCAGGCGGAUAAGUUCAAAGCCAAGCUGGAUGAGACAGAGCUUGCGCUGGAGAAGACACGCACUUUAUUGCAAGCGGCACGCACUACUAUUGUCAGGUUAGAGAAGGAUAAGCAACUGCUGGAGUCGAAGGUGGGACGUGGCGUUGGUGUGGCCAGCAAUAGUGUCAGUCAAGGAAGCUUGAAAUGUUGCCGCGCGCCUUCAUGUCCCAACUUGCAACAUGUGGGCGGCAGUAAGUUUACACCCUCACCUUCUGAAAGCCCAGAGACGUAUACGGGUGCCAGCAGUGAGUGCAGCUCGCCGGCACAUCGUCAGUCACAGCCAUCAAACUACUAUGAGCAAGGUCAAACUGAGCUGCUUGAAGCGCUGAAGGCACGCAUUGAACUACAGCAGCGCAAGAUUAUGGCUAUGGAACUUGAGGGACGUGGAAGCAAUGCGUUAACCACCGAGCUAGAAAAGCUGCAGGAGCGUUUGCAGUCGUUAGAGGCACAGAAUAUCCGAUUGGAGGCACGUAAUUUGCAACUGCAGUUGGAUACAGAUUUGCUGCGUCAAGGCGACAGCAGUGAACGUCUGCAAAAACGUAUUAAGCAUCUUGAGGACUACAUACUAGCACUUAAAGAGGAAAUGGCGCGCAACGACUCUAGACGGGAGCUGUGCAAGUGCAGCGGAUUAAAGCUCAACACACAGCAGGGCCAAUCGGCGGAGCAUACCAUACUAUCGCUGCGUAAUCUCGUCGAAAAGUUGCGCACGGAGAACAAGUUUCUUAAAGAUGGCAGGCGUUCAACGGAUUCACGCAGCUCCACAGAUUCGGCGCCGCCGAUAACAGAGCUUUCGCGUUUGCAACUAUCAAAGCAGCGCAGCUCAGGCAGCAAGGACGAUGAGCUUAAAUACAUAAAAGAUCAGCUUGUGAAGAAAACGCAAUUAUUACAAAAGGCCAAGGUUUUGUUGACGCGCGCAGCAGCCAAAGAGAAAGUUUUGCGAGAGCAGAUCGCGGUCUGGAAACGCAAGUGCUCGGAGCUGCAAAAUGUGCCCGUGAUUGAUGAAAUUAGCGAGUAGCCUUAGUUUUAAGUUUAAUGUUGUGCAGUAUUAGUAAAAAAAAAUCAAAAAUAUAAAGGCGCUAAAUGCUACCAUUCAAAAUCUUAGUUUGCACAGCGUUGCCAAUUGUCAAAAAAAAACAUGUGCUACUGACGUCACAAGUGCUCAUAUGUGCUCUUUGCGUUACUUCCGCAUGG